AUGAGGGACGAUCCUAGACUGGAAGCAGAUACUGUUAUUAUGACCUCCUGCAUUCCCACGCUGAAGCCCCUUUGCCAUUUAUUUCAAAAAAGGAAAACGACCCCAGAGAAUCUGCGAGUUACUUCUUCGACCCUUUUCCGCCCGGUCGCCGAAGCCAUCAGAGUAGUUUCUCAGUGGGAAGCCACCAAUUUGAAACAACUGAACCGCUCUAAUAUCAAUCUAAAGAAUGCCUCGGACGAAGACGCAUGCCGUCCGAAUCCGGGGAUGAGCGGUCACUGA